GGCCAUCAAAUAGCCAAGGAGCUGGCAAAGUCAGCCUCUUGAAGAAAGUACCAGCACUAAAGGAUGGAGACUUUACCCUAGAAGAAUGCACUGCCAUCCUGCUGUAUCUGAGUCAAAAGUACAACACACCCGACCACUGGUACCCAUCAGACAUACAGAAACGGGCCCAGGUAGAUGAAUACCUCUCAUGGCACCACACCAACAUCCGCGCUAAUGCUCCUAAGACCAUGUGGAUCAAGGUGCUGAUUCCCCUCUUCACAGGGCAGCCACAGCCCCCUGAGAAACUCCAGGAGGUUAUGGAGGGGCUGUUCGCUUCUCUGAAGCAAUUUGAGGAGAGGUUUCUGCAGGACAAGGCUUUUAUCAUCGGGAGUGAGAUCUCUCUGGCAGAUCUUGUGGCCAUUGUGGAGCUGAUGCAGCCUGUGGGAGUUGGUUGUGACAUCUUUGAGGACAGACCUCGGCUGAUGGAGUGGCGCAGGCGGGUGGAGGAUGCUGUGGGGAAAGAGCUUUUCUUUCAAGCCCAUGAGAUGAUCUUCAAUAUCAAAGAACUGAGCAACAUUCAAAUUCAUCCACAGCUGAAGGAGUAUCUGGCACCUGUGUUGAUGGAGAUGUUGAAAUGA